GGCCUGCUGUAGUGGUGCCGUGGCCUGCCUGAUGCCCUGCCCUGCUCCCCUGGUGCGCUCCGCUCGUUCCUUCUUCCACAAAGCAAAGGGUAGGGAAGGGGAGGAGAAGGGGAGAAAAGGAGAAAGAAAAGAGUAGCAAAGCAAAAGCAAAUGCGAUACUGACCAGGACCUGGAUUAGGCUAGCUAACCGCGGAGGAGGAAAAGCCUCCGAUUCCUUCCGUCCUCGCGGAACGGAUGGACAGCUCAGGGCUGCGGGCUCCGGCGCCUAUUCACAUGGCCGGGGAGAUGCUGUGAGGACUGAGGAGUUUUGGAUGGGUGUUCGUCCUUGUGGCCUGACACACAGCCGGCCGAGAGAGAGCAAGGGGAUACAGAAAGGCCCGCCUUUGAAGCUUCGCUCCAUGAUCUCUGAAUCCCCGUCAGUAUUCAUCCGGUCCAGCUGCUGGUGAUAUCCCCUCAUGAACUGAGCAAUCAAUACAAGAAACAAAAGGGUCAUUUCUGCUACAGAGCGAACAGAUAGAUCAUUAGAAAUGGGAAAACGAGGUCACCGGCGGUCUCCAUCACAAGACGAGGGCAAUGUGGGCUGUGUGUGGGGCCUUAUGCGCAUGCUUUAUUUCCGUCGUGACCCCAAGUUCUUGUUGGAUUCCAAGCAAUUGGGCGGGAGGUAUGCAUUCCGGGAGAUCAAUGAGAUGGAGCACUCGACAAAGAGGUCCAGGGAUUUUGAUGGGAUAGAAGAUGGUAACAUAGAACAAUGCACUUUCCAGAAACCAACAGUCAAAAACCUUAUGGAGGAUGAAUUGGGGAAAGUAGAACUACUGAAGAAAAUUCCAAAUGAUGAAGUUCAGAGAAGACUGCCGGACCUGGAAAAUGGUCUCUCUUUUGAUGAGAAACCAGAGCAUAUAAAUAGAUUAACAGAUAACUCAUAUCACCAGACAGGUGUCUCUACAGCUUUUACUCCAUCAGUGGAUUCUGAUGUUUUGAAUCAUGCUGAAGAAUAUGAUCUUGAAUCUAUCCUGGCAGAUUUCCUAGGUGAAAUUUAUAGUUGCCACAAUGAGUGCCCACACGGUGAUUGCAAAAAUAAGAAUGAACUGUGUCCUUCAUUGAAGUCCCUAAUCCAUAAAAAGGUCAAUGACUUGAAUAAUCUUCCUGGCAAUAUUGGUCGUGGGCAACCUCAAGAGAGCAAUGAUGGAAAACUAUCUGAACAGAAUAAUCUUUUUAACACCAUGGCAGCUCAAUCCAAACAGUUCAAGGAUGCAUUGGAGAUACUGGGUUCAAACAAGGAACUUUUUCUGAAGCUGCUUCAGAAGCCAGAUCCACAAAUAGUAGACAAUAUCCAAAAGCACCAAAACAGUAAUGUGGCUUCUGGAUUAGAGCCCAGUAACAUUCCUGGACAGACCAAUUUUGGAGAGAGAGAGCAUCUGUUGGCUUCAAAAGAGCAGGCCAAAGAGAGAAAAUAUAUGUUCUUCUGGAGGAAGGGUAAAUCAAAUAGAAGCCAGAUGCCUGAGGCAACUAUCGGACCUCAGACAGUUAGCAAAAUAGUUAUUCUAAAGCCAAAUCCAGAAAGAGGGAUUCAUCAAAAAGCCAUUACUAGCGCAAGACCUUUACAUCAACAACCCUCUACAUCUCAUGUUCCUGAAUGCAGCGGAAGGGAUACCUCAAAGUUUUCAAUUAGGGAAGUCAAGAAAAGAUUCAGAAUUGUGACUGGUGAGAGUAGAAGAGAGAGAAAGUUGGCACCUGCAGAGGACCUUGGAAGAGAUCCACGUAGGCAUAAAGACUCUGUUAUUGCAAUGAAGAAGGAUUUUAGACAUGUCUCAGGAGGGAGCUUGACCGACACAUCUGCAUCAAGUUUUAAGAACGGCAUCAUACCUUUCAACAGCAGUAAGCAAAAGCACCAAAAUGGCAGCAAAAGUGAAAUCAAUGGCCAUACUGUACCACAAGGUGAAUCAAUCUUCUAUGAGCAGGCCAAGAAGCAUUUAUCAGAGAUGCUAAAAGAUAAUGACCGAUCUGUAAACUAUCCAGCAGUUCAAGUCUCAAAAUCCUUGGAAGGAAUACUUUCUCUCCCUCUUUGCAAUAUGUCAACCCGCCCAAGGGAAAAGGGCUGCCUUGACCUCUCACCUGAAGAGACAGAUGUUUGCCUUGCAUGCAAGGUUGAAAGAGAAGAAUGUACACAAGAGAGCUGCCAAUCACAAGACUUGGGAAGCAUUGCAUGCUGUAAUAGUGCGCCAGUUGAUGAUCAGGUGACAGUUCAGGAAGGAUACAGCAUGAAUGAAGCAAACGAAGGAAUUCAAGAUGUUUCUGAUGAGCUGGACAACAUGUACAUUGAAGGACUUGAAAAUUUGAACCACGGUGAAAAUAUUUGCAACAUGCAGUCUGUUCCAGAAGAACACAGCAUAGAUGAUAUACAUCAGGUAAGCUCAAAUAAAUGCAUGUUGUCAGUUUAUUGUGAUUAUUAUUUUAAAUGUAUCAUGUUUCAUCUAAAGGAAAUAUUAGAAGAAAAAGAACAUGCUGAAGUGACCCCAGACUCUCCUGAGAGCAUGGUUGAAAAGUUGGAACAGCAAGAGCCAGAAACACCAGAACCAAGAGCAUCAACCAAAUUAGUCUCAGAUGGUUCUUCUGAGCAAAGCGAGGAAACGCAAGAAAAGCCCAGUCCGGUAUCUGUUCUUGAGUCAUUCUUUGAAGAUUUUGGCAGUCCUGACUGCAUAAACAAGAAAGAAUGUGAGUUGCAUGAAGAUCUCCAAAGGACCCUAUGUUUCCCAGAUGAUGAAUCAGAUGUUAAGGUCCUCUGGGAGGACAAGAAUGUCCGAUUAGAUUACAUAAAGUUGGUGCUAGAGCUCUCAGAAUUAUGCGCUGAACAAAAUUUAGAGGUAUGGUACCUAGAGGAUGAAUUAAUCAGCCCCUGCUUGUUUGAAGAACUAGAGAAUCAAGGUGAUCAAACCGAUGAUCUGAAGCUUCUGUUUGACUGUAUCUGUGAAGCUCUAACAGAGAUCCAAGAGAGAUAUUUUAGACUCUCUUCUUGGCUAUCUUUUCUAAGAAUUGACAUACGGACACCUCCAAUAGGAGAAAACCUCAUCACAGAAGUUGAUAAGUAUGUCCAUGGGUAUAUCCAAUAUAGUCUUCCCAGUACUCUAGACCAGAUAAUUAAGAAGGAUUUGGAAGUUCAGACAUGGAUGAACGUUAGGUCAAAGACUGAAGAGAUCAUUAUGGAAAUAUGGGAGUUUGUAUUGGAUGAGUUGAUAGAUGAGGCUGUUUUUGAUUUGUGGAUUUGAAGUUCUGAUUAGAUUGCUUGUCGAUGAUCCCUUAUCAUGAGUUCAGUGAGUAGGUAGAUACUGAAGUUUUCGUGCUGACAAUAACCCAUUCUACGUGGCAGAAUAACAUGGGCUGCUACUAGUAUUAAGUGUGUAACUGCAGCAGAAAUCUACAGAUGCAUGAAAGCAAAAGUUUCAGUUCUGCAAAUCUCGGGUUUGUGCAUUUUGUGUGGAUAGCGUUUGGCAAGGCCUGUCAGACUGCCACAGAACUCGGUUAUGCCUCUGAAAAGCUAAGUGUAUGGCAGUCUGAAAGUGCACUGCAAUUUUCCUCUUGUCCAUUGAGAGUUUGUGUGCAUAUGUGUGAGGCUUACACUUUCUGCGGGAUCAGAUCACGCAAAUCGUAUAUGUUUGUUUUGUGUGUAAAUGUGUAAGAGUAAUCAUACAUGAUUAAUCAAAUAACACAUUUUCUGUAUGCUUA